AUAGCUCCAAGGUUGAAAGCUCGCAUUGAAAUUCCUCUAGCUCCUCUCACCUCCACUUCAAUUUCUCUCUUUUGUGCAUCAGCCUUCAGGUGCAGUAGUUUCACGCUCCGCCCUGUUCCCUCCUUGUCCAUUCUGUUUAUCUCACAUACAGGUGUCCCUUAGAUUUGAGCGGGGACGAGCGCUCUGCUCUUUGCUCAGCUCGCGCAAUGGAGGCGGAUGAUGAGUAUCUAUCAGAGGAGGACGAAGACUAUGACCCAGAAGCUGGCAGCCGAAAGAAGGGUCAGAAGAGGAAAUCGAAGGAGUCUGUGGUCGAGCAAGCAGAGCUCCCUGGUGCACCAGGGGGACGAAACGGGGGCCAAAAUGCAGGAGAAGCAGACCCCCUGGCGGAGUUGAAAGAGCGGUCCAAAAAAGCAAAAGUAGAAGCGGCGUGGGCGCUGUUGAAUGCUCCAAAGGCAGUGGUCAAGAGCACGUCAAAUGGGUUACCGGGGGUGGUUAAGAAGGAGCAGCAAGGUGGCGCCAAGAGCAUCCCAGAGUGGAUGAUCAGUUUAGGGUUAGCAAAACCAGGUGCAAAGAAUGGAAGAACAGGGCUGGCUACGAGGGUUGCAGAUGGGGCCGCAGGGCAGGUCACUGGGGGCCAAGAAGAGAAGGCUGAAUCUAAGGAUGGUGAAGAUUUGAGAGCCCGGGAAGAGGCGCGGGCCAUCGCUGCGGCAGCGAUUGCGGCUGCCCGAGCGGCUCAGGUGGGGACAGACCUCGAGGGCCGUCCACAAGUAACGGAAGUGCGUGACUUUGCAGGAGAAAAAGUAGAAGUAACUCGGACUGUAGACCCAAACGCAGCUGCCAAACGGAAGGAAAAAGCAGUGAGCGGCUUAGAUGCGCUCAUACAACAAAUAGAGAAAAAGAAGAAGAUGAACGUUCUCGACAAGAGCCGCAAGGACUGGGGCGAGUACAAGGACGAGCAAGGGGUAACCGACCAACUAGAAGAGUACAAAAAGAGCAACGACAAGUACCUCGACAAAGUUGCAUUCUUGCAACGAGCGGAGUUGCGAGAGUACGAGGUAGAACGAGAUAAGAAGCUAUCUGCAGCCAGAAAGAAACCCACGGGCUGACCUCGUCUAGUCCGCGAUGACGUUUAUCAUAAACUGGAAUGGGGGGCUCUUCAUAUGUUGCAGCUUGCGUCUCCUCGAGCAAACCCAUUGACACGAAAGGCAGUUGUCAGCACUUCAUCUGGUAGCUCUGCAACCAAACCACGCCUUCAAAGGUUGGCUGCUCUGGAUCCAAUUGCUGAUGGUAACCUUUC